AACAACCCUCUUUUCAAUCCAACCAAAUUCCCCUCUUUUCUAGAGUUUUCUGUGUAAAUCCUCGUUAAAGCUUUGAUUUUUAGUUUGGCUAUUCUUUGUUAGAUCCAAAAGAGAAAAGCCUCUGGAAGGUAUUUCUAGUUCGAGUUUUCAGUGGAAAUGGAGGUUUCGCUAACGAGUUCUUCACAGGCAAAAGUUUGUAAAACAGAAUUAGGGUGCAGGGAUUUAAGGUCUUGUUUUGGGAAAACUAAUGAGAAAAACAAAAUAUUUGCUCGAAAACCAAACAAGGUUUCUUUUGAUACUCAAUUUUCGAGGUUGAGAAAAGCUCGGCUCAGAUUUACGGUGAAAGCUGUCCACUCUGAACCCAUUCUUAAAGCCAAGUCUUCUACAAGCUCCAAAUCUCUUGAUAGGUUAAGACUAUUCGUCGGUCUGCCUCUCGAUGCGGUAUCAGAUGGCAAUACAGUAAACCAUGCACGGGCGAUCGGAGCCGGCCUGAAAGCUUUGAAGCUUUUGGGUGUGGAAGGUGUUGAAUUGCCUGUCUGGUGGGGAGUUGUCGAGAAUGAGGAGAUGGGAAAAUAUGACUGGUCAGGUUAUCUUGCUGUUACAGAGAUGGUUCAGAAAGCGGGUCUGAAGCUUCAUGUAUCACUCUGCUUUCACGCCUCCAUUCAACCGAGAAUUCCACUUCCGAAAUGGGUAAUGAAGAUUGGGGAAUACCAAUCGAGUAUCUUCUUUACGGAUCGGUCAGGGAAGCAUUAUCGAGAAUGUCUAUCACUGGCUGUUGAUGAUCUUCCUGUUCUUGAUGGAAAGACUCCAAUUCAAGUCUACCGGGACUUUUGUGAGAGCUUUAAGUCCACAUUCUCACCUUUCAUCGGAUCUACAAUCACGGGAAUCUCGAUGGGUCUCGGGCCAGAUGGUGACCUCCGAUAUCCCUCUCACCACAAACCUGCCAAGAGUGGCACGAUUACUGGUGUCGGGGAGUUCCAAUGUUACGACACAAACAUGCUUAACCUUCUUAAGCAACAUGCUGAAGCAAGUGGAAAUCCGUUAUGGGGACUAGGUGGUCCACAUGAUGCCCCUACUUAUGAUCAUACACCAAAUAACUUCUUCAACGAUCACUGUGGGUCUUGGGAAAGUCCUUAUGGCGACUUCUUCCUUUCCUGGUACUCGAGUGAGCUUGUAUCUCAUGGAAAUCGCCUCCUCUCUAUUGCCUCUUCAAUUUUUGGUGAUUCCGAAGCCGAUGUUUACGGGAAAGUCCCACUAAUGCAUUCUUGGUACAAAACCCGGGCACACCCUUCUGAACUGACAGCCGGCUUCUACAACACUGCCUCAAGAAAUGGCUAUGAAGCAGUUGCAGAAAUGUUUGCAAGGAAUUCAUGCAAAAUCAUCUUGCCAGGAAUGGACCUGUCGGAUGAGCACCAGCCACACGAGUCUCUCUCAAGCCCUGAAUCACUACUUGCACACAUCCGAACAACUUGCAACAAGCACGGGGUGGAGGUUGCCGGGCAGAACCUGGCCUCUGGUGGUUUAGAGCAGAUCAAGAAAAACAUGUUGGGUGAGAAUCCAGUUGACCUAUUCACUUAUCAGAGAAUGGGAGCUCAUUUUUUCUCACCGGAGCAUUUUCCGUCAUUCACCGAGUUUGUCAGAAGCCUUAAACAACCUGAAUUGCAUGCAGAUGAUUUGCCCUCAGAAGAGGGAGAAGCCACCGGAUCUGUAGAAACGAGUUCAGAUCCCAGCAUCCACUUGCAGACAGCUUAGGUAGCAAGAGGUCAAAGAACAUAUAUGUAUGUGUAUAUUGUAUUCUUGUAAGUACACAGAAUCUUGAAUGGGGAGAAGAUUGUACUAUUUGAUUAAGUUCUGUAUACAUCUAAGCAAAUAUUUUAUUUUCUUAAA